CGGCGGCUAGAUUUUGUUUAAUUUCCCGUGCGCACUGUGAUAAAAUAAAAAAUAAAAUCGAUUACGUAAUUUAUACACAACACAUAUUUUGAUAUAAACAUAUUCACUUUUAACGAAAUACGUCUAUUACACACACAAGCGUCAUCAAAUGUCACAGGAUGACGAGUCUAAGUGUAACACGGCCUAUCAAUAUUUUAAGUGCGCAAAGCCAUUGGAUUUUUCUUACAGGAAUCUUGUGUCACUUGAAGAGUUGAACGGAAACGAAGAACCAUUGCCACUGAGAGUGCGGGGAGCGCCAAAGAAAAGCCUAAAGAGCAACCGUUACAAGACAGGUUCGUUUUGGCUGAACAAAAACAAUUUGAAAAACGUCAAUGGCCUGAGGAACCUAGCAGAUCGUUUAUUCGAAAUGGCUGAUUACCUUUCGUGGUUAGAUUUGUCCGACAAUAACCUAACUUCAAUCAGUGACGAAUUCCUGCUUUUUCCAAAUUUGUCAAUGUUGUACUUGCACAAGAACAACAUUCAAGACUUUGUGGACUCGUACAAACUACGGAAACUGGAUAAAUUGCGGACGUUGACGUUGCACAAAAAUCCUAUGUGCGGGCUCCCGUGUUACCGGAGCACAGUUAUCUCUUUUUUGCCUAACCUCCGGAAGUUGGACCACGUGGUGGUGGUGCGCUCGGAACGUGAACAAGAUAGAAAAUCGCUUGACAAGAACGUCCGUGAACGAUUGACGAACGCGUAUCCUGAAGACUUUCUUUGCACAAUAGAAUCGACAAAAAGGCCUUCUUAACAUCACAUGCUGUUUCAGAUAUCUCUCGUCUGGCUGUAUCUAAUGUUACAAAAACGAAAAUAAAAAUUAUUACACUUUAAAACAAAAAAAAAACUAUAUUCUUUGUAUAAACCGUUUGUGGCUAUGCUAUUAUAUACGAAGUACGUUAACCGGGCCUUUUGUCAUCAAUUAGGUACGCAGUUUUAAAUGAAAAAUAAAAAAU